AUGCCACACGAAAAGGACCGAUCCCUUUCAGCGAAACUAGUUCGUUUAAGGCUUUUUCGUAAUAAGCUGCUUCAUCGAGCUAACACACGUUUUGAAGAAAAGGAAUUUCUGGAUCUCUGGAAAAAACUUGGGGGUAUUCUUUGUUCUCUUGGUCUACAAUCAUCAGACAUAGAAAAGUUGAGACUGGAGGAUUGCGAGGAGAAAUAUUAUUUUGAACUUUUAAAGAAAUGGGCCGACUCAGAGGAAGAUUCCAACAGGAGGUUUAAAGCAAUUUAUGAAAACCAAGUCAAAGCACAGCAGACUCUUCAAGAUACAAACCAAAGAGUUUAUAUAGUAGAACAGAACCAAAUGGAGGCUAGCAAAUUGCAGCAAGUGGACCACAAAACUCUUGAAGAUACACGCCAGGUAGCUCAAGAUACAAACCAAAGAGUUCGUAGAGUAGAACAGAACCAAAUAGAGGCUGACAAAUUGCGGCAAAUGGACCACAGAACCCUUGCAGAUACGCACCAGGUAGCUCAAGAUACAAACCAAAGAGUUCUUCUAGUAGAACAGAACCAAAUGGAGGCUGGCAAAUUGCGGCAAGAAGACCACAGAACUUUUGAAGAUACACGCCAGGUAGCUCAAGAUACAAACCAAAGAGUUCAUAGAGUAGAACAGAACCAAAUGGAGGCUGACAAAUUGCGGCAAGUGGACCACAGAACCCUUGCAGAUACGCACCAGGUAGCUAAAGGUGUACAGCGGUCUGUGCAAGAUACAAAACAGAUAGUAGAGAAAGUUUUGAGAACCCAACAAGAAACGCAGCAGCAGAUCAAGGAGGCAGCUGCAGACGCUAACGAAAGAAGAGAUAAAGGUAAAGAAGAUGAAGCAAUGAGAAAACUGGCAAAAGUUAAUACAGAGAGAGACAUCCAGUAUCACUCUGGGAAAUACCAGGAGGGAACGCGCUUGCGCAUCUUUGAGAAGAUAAAUUUGUGGCUAGACGACCGUACUUCUGAAAAUCGUGUUAUGGUAAUCAGUGGAGGUGCAGGAAUGGGUAAAUCAGUGAUUUCCGCUGUCGUUUGUCAAAAAAUGGAAGAAGCGGGCCGGCUCUCGGGAAUUCAUUUUUGUCAUUAUGACAAGGAACGUAACAGAAACGCCAAGGUGAUGCUUCAGUCGCUAGCUUGUCAGCUGAGUGAUGUUUUGCCACAGUACAAAAAAGAACUUGUUGUAGCAUUUUCAAGAAAUUUAGGUGAAGACGUCAACAACCUAGAGGUUAGAGAACUGUUUGAAUUGCUGUUCUUGGAGCCUUUAAGAAAUGUAGAUGAUCCUGGGAAAAGCUUUCUUAUGGUGAUUGAUGGCUUGGAUGAAAGUGAAUACAAAGGCCGCAAUGAGCUGCUUGAUGUCAUUGCCAAUCACUUUUUUACACUUCCCGUUUGGCUUCGAUUUUGUGUCACAACUCGACCGGAAAUAAAUAUCGCAGACCGUCUUAAAAAGUUCAACCCUGUUCUCCUGGAGCAAGAUGAUGAAGAAAAUGUAGAAGACAUCAGACUCUUCCUUGAAACACAGCUGUGUAGUGUCAUUCAAUCAGGCUCUGAAGAAGUUGUUAUCGAUGCACUGGUCCGAGAGACUGCAGGGCAUUUUUUAUAUGCUUAUUUGAUGGUUAAUUUUAUCAAGGAAAACUUGUCACUUCUCUCCCCCGAGGAGUUAGGAAGAACCUUACCUUCAGGUGUAUUUUCUUUUUAUCAGUCCUACUUUGAACGUCUAGAGAAAGAGUGGAAAAUUGGCGAGGACCAGUUUUUGACUUUUCUAAGCGCUCUGGCGGCUGCAAGAGAACCACUUCCUGUAGACUUUGUUUCUAAGAUGUUGAUUUCGGACUCGAAGCCCCCAUCUGGUCAUCGGAAAGUAAGAAAAGCUAUCGAAUCUAUCUCAACACUUCUUCCUGUUCGUGAUGACUGCAUUGUGUUCUUCCACAAAUCAGUUAAAGAUUGGUUGACGGACAGAACCGCCGACGGGCGCCACAAUUUCUCUGUGGAUGAAAAACAAGGUCAUGUCAUGCUUUCUCAGCUCUGUAUUGGUGAACUGAAUAACGUGAAAAGAAAAGGCGUUCACGGCACAGAAUUCAGUAACACUGCAUUGUACGCCCUACAGCAUGGUGUUUAUCAUACGCUUGAGUCGGAAGAGGUGACAGAGUGUACAAGAAGCUUUGAAGAAAUCGUUAACAACUAUGUCACCGACUUAGACAUUGUAUAUGCAAAGCUUUGUGUAAACAACACGGCUAGUUCUGAAGACAUUAUCCUUACUCAGAAACAAGAAGCUUUUCAGUCAUUGAGUAGUGAGAGCCAAAAAGCCCUCGGCACGUUGUUGUCUCUCUUAAGAAAGUACCAUGGAAGACUUUCGACGCAUCCUAGUACAAUAUUUCAAGUGAUGGUGAACGAGGGAGGGGACGUUUUUGCUGAUGAAGCGACGAAAGUUUUACAGAGUCGUGAAAUACCAUACAUGGAGUACCUUCAUAAGGAAGCUUUGAAGGCGCUGAAUAAGACCCAGGCUGAGUUUCCUUGUAAAUCCGCGGUUGCUUGUUUUGAUAUUUCCCCUACGCAGGAGUUCAUGGUUUGCGAAUGUACUGAUGGGAUGAUUUAUCUUUGGUCACUUAAAACGGGUGAGCAAAGGUGGGUACGUCGGGUUAAGAUCGACAAAUACUACAUUGGACCUCGUGUCCCCUUUAGAGUGGUACCAUACUCAGAUGUAUACUCAUGUUAUCGCUCUGUUGUUUUUCACCCUACUAAGCCCAUUGUUCUUCCUGGAAUCCUUAGCCAUGCUUACUCGUUUAAAGGAAAGUUCGAACCUCUGUUUCCUAGAAGCAACUGCAGAUUUUCUGUUUGUUCAGUUCAUGGGGACGAGAUCAAACUUAUCACCGAUUGCCCUGGCGAUGCUAAAUGCCUUGUCAUGUGGAAUCUUGAAAAUGGCGAAGAGAUCACUCGAACCGUCAGAAAUGAAGAUGUUUUGUCUUUUGCUUGGUCUCCAGAUGGAACGCUUCUGGCAAUUUCCCAUUUUUCGGGACUGGUGUGUUUGGUUGACGCAUUGAAAUGCUUAGACACCACUCUCGCAGAAGUCGCCACCUCUCAACCUUGUGGAAUGAUAAAGUUUACCCCUGACAUUAAAUUCCUUUUUGGUUGGUCUCAGUCAUUUCGAACCUUAAGUUUUCGCUUAAACGUCAUUAAGUUGCCUUGUGGCACCUUUUCCUUGAACGUUUUAGACAGUGAUCUUGUCCAUGAUUCUCGGGAUUACGAAUCAUCUAGCAAAGGUGGAUUCUUGAUGGGAGAUCCUAUGUUUAACAGCAUUUCCUCGGGCGUUUCACGUGGGGGGUUUGCAUUUGUAUUAAACAACCAAAGUGUAUUAAUGGUACUUCCUAACAGCAGGAAAAUUACAAUGCUUAAACAUGAAGAUUACAUGAGGGCCACCUGCCGUUAUCCUGUCUUUUCUCGUAUCUGUCGCAUUGCCUUUGCUUUAGAUGGGAAGACCAUUUAUGGUACCACUGCAGAGAAAAAAGGCGUACAAACUGUGGUAUCUUUGGAUGUGUCGAGUGGAGAUCGUAAAGCAGAGAAGGUGACAAGUACAUUUGAUGUUUUACUUGUACCUGUGUCAGAAGGUGUCCUUUUGAAAGAAAUUGUACCUGAAGGUGUCUUCGUGAGCGAAAUUAAACCUAGGGCGGAUGUUCAGCUGUGGAAUUUUGAGUUGUCACAACAAGUCCGAAGUUGGCCUAAUUUAAGCGAGGUUAUGGAUAUAAUGCCAGUCUCAGACAACUGUGUAGCGUGUUUGGGUAAAGAUUUUGUAAGCAUUCUGAACGUAUCAAAUGAAAACAUAGUGAAGACUAUCCCACUUUGUCAUAAGGGUUUAAAGCCAAAAUAUAAUCCGUAUCAAAAAAGAACCGUAGUAUGUAACAGUAAAUAUCAGCUGCUAUCCACCGCUCCUAGCUCAGUUCAGCUGUCAGACGGCAAAAGUCAACUAUGGAAGAGACCUCUGAGAUGUGCACGGUUUUUAGGUAGCUGGAGCCUACCUGGGAUGUUUUCUCCAACAGAGGAGUUUGUCCUUGUCUCGUCUACAAACUCUCAGUCAAAGAAAGAAGUACUUGUGCUUCAAGCAUCCUCAGGAAAUUAUCUCCGGACGCUAUGCACCGUUGACAGUAUUCUUGGCUGUGCCUUUGUAAGUAAGACGGAAUGUGUUAUCGUCUGCGAUAAUACUUCAGGGAGUUAUUGUCUUCAGUUGUUCAAUGUUAGCACUGGGGAUUUCCUAACGGUACUUGAUAUAGAUUUUAUACCGUCCCCGUGGCUGGCUUCCUGUCCACAAAAGGGUUUGAUCGCUAUUGGCCAUGCGGACUCCAAUUAUAUGUGCGCAGUUAUCCAAGUAAAACUGCCUCGAGACAAAGUAAACUGGGAAACAAAA